AUGAGGAAGAAAGUCAUUGCAAAAAGGGCUCCUCGUGAGAAGAUUUACAAACCACCCACAAAGCCUUCCACUUGCUCUCAAGACCGAACCUUUACCCCUUCUUCUUCUCCUCCUACCUCUCCUCCUCGCUGUGACCCCAUGGCUCGAACCACGAACACUCCAUGGUUCCCUGCCUCUGCCAAACCAACUCCACCACCAAAAGCGACGCCUUCCAAACCUGCCUCUUCAAAACCUGGCUCUUCAAAGGCAUCCUCAUCCAAAGGGAAGCGCCUGGCGACGGAGGAACCUGUUCCUGAGCCACAACAACACAGGGCAACGUCAGUUCCUAUGCGUUCACAGAGAGGUAACACUCGAGUCCCUCUCAAAAAUGUUAAAGAACCAGAAAUUGGACCAUUUGAUCACAAAGCCCAUUUAUGA